AUAAACGGCCUCCCCGCACCCUGCUUUGCGCGCUCCCUGGGAGCACGCAGCACCGCGAUCCGGUGCCCGCUGUGUCCCCGGUCCCGAUGCAAAGUAGUAAGCAAGAUGUCAUCAUUGCUUACUACGUGUGAAAUCUGUGAAUGAUCACAGAGGUCACAUGGUACAAGGCUAUUCACAACAGCCUUGUACCAUGUGACAAGCUGUGACCAAUCACAGCUCACUCAGUAC